AAAAAAAAAUAUUAAAUGGCACUACAGCUGAUGGAUGCGCUCGAGGCGGGGUGCGACGACUGAUAACCGCGUAACGCCGACGUUAGAUAACCAGAUAAGGGGAAAAAACGCUCUGGUUUCACUUUAUCACUGAACUUACGCUGGGGCUUGCUGUCUCCUAUACAAAGCCUGAAAAAAAAACAUCCUCGGAAGGGGUCGGACGAUGAGCGCAAUGGCAGCACGCGCGGCGUGCAAACUUCUACGAGGGACUAACUUUGUCCUCCGGAGAGAGAUUCACAGCAAAACUCCUACGAUUGACCCAGGUAUCGCAAAGCAGCUGAGUAAACGCUCCAUGGUGAUCGAAGCUCAGGCCAAGUCGGCUGAGACCAGGCUGUUGCAGCAACUGAGGUCAAGGAUCCUUGCCACAGGACCCAUCACCGUGGCAGAGUACAUGAAGGAGGUGCUCACAAACCCAAUGUCGGGCUACUACAUGCACAGGGACGUUUUUGGAAGCUCGGGAGACUUCACCACGUCGCCGGAGAUCUCUCAGAUGUUUGGUGAGCUGGUCGCAGUGUGGUUCCUAAAUGAGUGGGUCAAGGCGGGCAAGCCCAAACCACUCUACAUCGUGGAACUUGGUCCGGGACGAGGUACUCUCUCCGACGACAUGCUUCGGGUGUUCUCCAAGUACAGCGAUGCCAUGGAGGUGGUGUCUCUGCACUUGGUGGAGAUCAGCCCCCAUCUGAGCCAGGUGCAGGAGCUCAAGCUGUGCGGCACGGUCAGUGUGGUCAAGGACGUCCUCGACCACAGCCCGGUCACCCUGCGCCUGCCCGUCAAGAGCGACUCCGAGGAGGUGACAUACAAGCAGAGCAUCACCAAGCACGGGGUGCCCGUGGGCUGGUACCGGCACCUGCACGACGUGCCGCGGGGCUUCUCCUGCUUCGUGGCCCACGAGUUUCUGGACGCGCUGCCCGUGCACAAGUUCCAGCGGACCCCCGAGGGUUGGCGGGAGGUGUUCAUCGACCUCGACGACGGUCCGGGACCCCACCACCUGCGCUACGUGCUCUCCCGCGGCCCCACCCCGGCCAGCUUCUUUGCAGACGUUGUUGGUGAGAAGCGAGACCACGUCGAAGUGUGCCCGGAAGCCGGCGUCAUUGCGCAGGAACUGGCAAGCCGGAUGCACGAACACGGCGGCUGCGGAUUGGUUGUCGACUACGGACAUGAUGGAACCAAGACGGACACAUUCCGGGCAUUCAAGAACCACACCCUCCAUCCGGUCCUUUCCGAACCGGGCACUGCGGACCUGACAGCCGACGUGGACUUCUCGUACCUCAAACGGAUCCUUGCCGGGAAAGCGCUGACGUUUGGCCCCGUGACGCAAGAACAGUUUCUCAAGAACAUGGGCAUCAACAUACGCCUUCAGAAGUUGCUGGACAACUGCCAGGACGCCAACCUCCGUCAGGAGCUGCUUUCCGGCUACGACAUGCUCACCAACCCCGAGAAGAUGGGCGAGCGCUUCAAGUUUUUCGGCGUGUUCCCCUUGGACAUGCAAAAACCUCUGGAGACACACCCGCCGGCCGGAUUCUUUGCCCCUUCCUGAUUCGCUCGUCGACUCGAAAGAGCCGACGCCGCGUCCACUCGCCGUGGCAGCUGCCACCUGUACUCCGUUUUGUGUUGCACUGGACCACAGCGGAUGCUGCGAGCCAUUCCAGCAAAUCGAGUGACACGAGAAUGCCGUGCAACUGUGUCGCUGCACUUUUUCCGAGGGCUUGAAUGGCGCUGUGCAUCCUCUGCAUUUCUGUGGUUCUUCAUAAGGCGAAAUGGAUAACAAGGCUUCGAGUUUCGUUCCUACUUUUUCGAAAAUUUUUCUUUUAUAGGAGGGGUCAGUUAGAAGUUUUUCUCGCAAUGUCUGAAAGCUACGGCAAAACGGCUUUUUCCAAGAGUAGGAGACUGUUUGCGGAACGGUCAACGACUGCUUUUUUUGUUAUGUGUAAAAGGUUCCUUCGUUAAUUGGUGACCUAAACUCUGCUGGUUAGGGUUUCGAGCUCAAACAGAAACGGUGUCUACGCUUACGGGCACUCGCUCAAAAAGAAGGUGCCAAAAGUAGUCGGAAAAAUAGCGAGAUCCAUUCGGUUAAAAUCCCAUGGAAUAAUAGGUUAAGCUUUACCCCAAGAAAAGCUUUAAUUUGGAGGCAAAAAAAAAAAAAAAAGUAGUUCUAUAGGGCUGGUGCUUAUGAAGUAUUUUGAUGGAAUUCGCCUAUAAUCCACCGGUGCAGAGAUCGCUGGUGCCAGGAUUUUGGGAUAGUGCACCUGCCGAUCACCUCCGGCGCUUUUUCUAAGUCUGCAACUGCGGCUCUCUAGGUUUUCUAGCAUCGAAAACCAAGUUUGCCAAGUGUGACCGAGACAAGAGGCGAGAAGUGACCUGUGAAAAGACGGCCAGUUUGUUUUGGUGAAGAUUCCGUUCAGAGCUCCCAGUGGAUGCUUUUCUUGUUUUUAGUAUUGGGUUAGGUAGAUCAGAUUGAGGAGAUGGUCCAGAUGCAGUCUACACACAGUUUUACUCGGUACACAUUUAUUGUCCAAUGUUUUUCUUUAUUACACAAAUAUACAAUUCUCAUUGGAAAUGUUUCCAUUCCAGACCUGCUAAUUGUAAAGUACAAAAUAAAAUGUUUAUAUAGUA